CUCACUGGGCUGGGUGGAGAUGGCGGAGGAGGACCUCGCUCCCGGGAAGAGCAGCGUUGCUGUCAACAACUGCAUCCGGCAGCUGUCCUACUGCAAAAAUGACAUCCGAGAUACGGUUGGCAUCUGGGGGGAGGGGAAAGACAUGUACCUGGUCCUGGAGAACGACGUGCUCAGCCUGGUGGACCCCAUGGACCGCUCCGUGCUGCACGCCCAGCCCAUCGUGAGCAUCCGCGUGUGGGGCGUGGGGCGCGACAACGGCCGAGAGAGGGAUUUUGCUUACGUAGCAAGAGACAGAGACACCAGGAUUCUGAAAUGUCAUGUAUUUCGAUGUGACACACCAGCAAAAGCCAUCGCCACAAGUCUCCACGAAAUCUGUUCCAAGAUUAUGGCCGAACGGAAGAAUGCCAAAGCCCUGGCCUGCAGCUCCUUACACGAGAGGACCAACGUGAACCUCGAAGUCCCUCUGCAAGUAGAUUUCCCAACGCCAAAGACGGAGCUGGUGCAGAAGUUCCACGUGCAGUACUUGGGCAUGCUGCCUGUCGACAGGCCCGUCGGCAUGGAUACUCUGAACAGUGCCAUAGAAAGUCUCAUGACCUCAUCCGGCAAGGAGGACUGGCCGUCGGUGAAUAUGAAUGUGGCUGACGCCACGGUGACCGUCAUCAGUGAAAAGAAGGAAGAGGAAAUCCUGGUGGAGUGUCGCGUGCGCUUCCUGUCUUUCAUGGGCGUCGGGAAGGACAUCCACACCUUUGCCUUCAUCAUGGACACCGGGAGCCAGCGCUUCGAGUGCCAUGUGUUCUGGUGCGAGCCGAACGCGGGGAACGUGUCCGAAGCCGUCCAGGCGGCCUGCAUGUUACGAUACCAGAAGUGCUUGGUGGCCAGGCCGCCGUCACAGAAAGUCCGGCCACCUCCUCCACCAGCGGACUCAAUGACCAGAAGAGUCACAACCAAUGUAAAGCGAGGGGUCCUCUCCCUCAUUGACACUUUGAAACAGAAACGUCCGGUCCCAGAAAUGCCGUAGCUGCAGGUGUGGAAGGGCCCCGCGGUGGGCACCUGAAGACGGACCAGCUCCAGGAAAGAAGACAAACUCAUGCCUGGCCUUCCACCCCCGGCAGGUGCUUGACCUUCAGAGAAUGAUCCUAACAAAAACAGUGUUAGACAAGCAUGUUCUCUCGCUCUCUUCUCUCUCUCUCUCUGUCUCCUAGCCACCAUCACGUGAUAUGAAAAGGCGCAUGAAGUCAUUUUUUUCUGCCGUCAGCAAGUGACCUCACGAGUGGUGGAAGGUCUUUUUCUUACUGUAAAUAGUGUGACUUACAGAGACGCGCAUGGCGCACCCCGGGAACUGAUGGAGAGGCCUUGGCAGGGUGACGGCCGGCUUCUGCCCUCAGACCUGGCACAAGUGACCCUCCCACCCCCACGGCGCUCUGCCCUGUCCCGUCUUCGGCGGCGCCAUGGUCCGCACGCUGAUUUUGCCGUUGCUUUCAGAGUAGGAUGACCAGGUUUGGGUUUCGUUUUUUCAUCAGCGUGAAUCCAGGGGUUGACAAAAUGCAAAUUGGCUGCCAGCCUCUAGAGAGAAACCGACGACCGGCAGCCUUCCUGGGCGAGCUCAUGGGCGCACAGACACCCAUUCACAUCUUCAGCGCCUUGUCGGAUGGCGGGGUCCGGGUGGGAGUGUAAAACUUCAAAAUGGAGGGGGGGCGGGAACCUGCUACAUUUGAGGAAUUAAAACCACAGAAAAUAGCCUUUCUGAACAGUUAGGUUUCAAACGGAUUAUUUUUUAAGAAAAAGGAAGAAAUUGACAAAAGCAUCAUGCAUUUCGGGUGGGAUGUAUUUCAACUUCUGCCUUAUAUUAUACGAUGCAGCUAGAGAAGUAGAAUUCACUAUGGCCAUUCUCUACAAGGACAACAUUCCAGUGAAGCUUCCAGGCUUCCUGUGGACCAUUCGCGGAGACACAGUUGAGCGUUGAGGAGCUGUCCAGGAUGCUCCCAUCAUGCGCCGUUAUUUUCGAAAUCCACCACCGCAUUUUCUCUUUGUUAGACCACCUGUAAGGAUGCGGCACUCGCUCAGUACCGUGCAUUUUGCCCAGAAAGCUGCCUGCCCUUCGUGUAUAGUCCAUAGCUACAAACUCCAUCCGGUUGAACCUUCCUUGAAUUGAGGUGUUUAAUAUCCGAAUUUGUUGGACUCUCGUUAGGAUAUAUUUUUAAAUCUGUAUCAUUUUCAUUUUAUUUUCGAGGUUUUGAAAUUUCGUAUCGGAACAAAAUAUGCAUAGGAACAACGGACUCUUUAACACGUGUCCCCCAAAGCUGCAUUUUUUUCUUGCUUCUUUGUAGAGAAUGAAAACUUAGCUGUCAAGAUGAAACUAAUUUAGGCUCUUGUUGACGUCGUUUGAAAAUUAAGUUGCUAAGGAGAUCAACUUAAAUAUCAUGUCUUCACUGUUUAGUGUCAAAUGUUCUGAAACAUCCCGUUAUGUAAAAGGAAGGCUUUGCAUUUACACAGUGCUAUGCCCGCAUCGAAAUGGUUUCCAUGUUCGUUACCACGUUUGAGCCUUAGCGGGUAGAGAAGGGGAGAAAUGAAAACACGGAGGGCCCUGAGGCUAAGCCAUUUGACCCAAGAGCUCAUUAAUGUGAGGGCCCUGGCCAGGACCCAAGUGUCCCAACUUCCAGUUCGGAAUGUGCCUGGCUGCUUCCACAGCCGUCUCAGAAGCCUUCCCAGAAUGACUCUGGGCAGCGGUAGAACAGAGAAGGCGUGGAAGCAUCCAUCAUCAGGCAAGCGGAGCAUUCUCUCCAGUGGGGAGCCGUGCCGUGGUCCUCAUUAAAGCCACCGCACUCCUUCAGCCCCAGUGUGUUUGAGAGGACAGGCGCCUCUAGUCAGUGCAGCCUGUUCAACCUGGGGUAGUGUCCGCUCACAGUAUCUGGCUGCCAGAGAGCAUAAGGCGGUAUGCUCCUGCCUGCUCUCCCCUUGACACACUCCCUACACAUACACACACAUCAUCUGUUUCCAGGGAGGGGCGGGGGUCCCCACUGGUACACCAGGCACUCCCAGCUCAUGGUGGCCCCAUUGGGUAUCAGAGGUGAGGGGUGCUCCGUAGGGUUUUCAGUGUAAGUCGAUGGCUAGGCCUUUCUCGGAGACCACUCUUAACCGUCGGCUCUUGUGGUUAUCCAUCCGGGCAUGUCGAUGGUUUGCCGCUGUAGCAUGGCAUCGUGCUCAAGAGCCAAAGGCAUUGGUCUCUGAAAUAGCCAGUGUUUGUGUUAAGGAAAGCCCCGCUGUGUGCCCUGUGAAAAGCUGUUCAAAAUCCACCCGUGAAGACCUUUUACCCGGAGUGCCCAUGGAAGACGUUCACGUCCUAGCCUUCGUAAUUCGGAGCAAAGCAUCCGUGUUUGUAUUGGACACCUCUGCCUCCCCCCCACCCACCCACCCCGGGUCAUCUUUUGUAAGGCCUAUGUUUGUUUGUUUUCGGGAUCAAGAGUACUGAGCUAGCUUUAAGUAGCAAACUGAUUUAUAUAUGCAAUUAUAGGAUGCAUUAAGAUGAAUGAUAGCCUUUACAUAUUGAAAACUCUACUGCACCUACUUUGUGUUAAAAAUAGCUUUGCAUAUGAAAUGCAAAUUUAUUUUGUAAAAUUAGUUAAUGUUCCACAGUAUAUGUUCAGCCCUCUCUGCCAUGGCCAAAAAGUACAUAUGGGAGCAUGUGUGACCUGUGUCUGUGACAGGGGGCCCCUGCUCCAACCCGGUCUUGUCGUGACGUGUCAGGAUCUAUGCAUUCUCUGUAUCCGUGGUUCUGUAAACCGGCAGCCAUGUUCACUAUGCCUUGUAUGUCUUUAUCGGUUUUUUUAAUUAACCUGUUAAAUACAGCUUAAAAUAUUUUUAUUUUAUUUAUUCUAUUUUUACUGAAAUAUACAGCAUUAUUGUGUCAAUGUAUGGUCUUGACCGGAUAGUCUCUCGCAGCGUAUCCAGGUCUAAGUAAUCUCAGUGAACUCUUAUCUAUGUUGCCUAAAAGGUGGUUUUUGUAAUGAUUUGUAAUCACAUUUUUAUUGGAAUAUGUAGAAGAGGAGGUAAAAGGUGUAAAGUUCUCUUUAUUUUUUAAAAGCCACUAGGUAGAUGCAGACCUGCCAGCUCUCGCACGCGCUCCUUGUCGGCGUCAGGGCAUCAGUCCACACGCCUGGGGCUCGGCCCUUUCCUUUGCAGCUGAAAGCACUGCCGGGUGCCUCACUGUCACAGCUUCCCCGCCACACGAGACUCCAUGUGAAAGAGACAGACAUGGCCUCCUGCCCUGGGUUUCCACCUGGAUAUAAGAUCACCCACAGCUGACUAGGAACACUGAGUUUUGCGGGGUGGUUUGGGUCGGUUUGUCUGUCAGAUCGCAUGAAGGGACCUUAGAUUCAUUGCCAUUAAAACAAGUUCUUGGUGAUAAACUGUUGGCACUGCUACUUUAUUUGAGAUUCACUUUCUGCUCGUAAGAUGGCCAGUUAUAAUACUCUUCUGCAGCACACGGUCACUUACGAAACCCAGCCCACUGCCCUUGAGUCUCUUCUGGCUCCUAGCCGCCCUCCAGGACAGAGUAGAACUGCCCUUCAGAGCUUCCAAAGUGGUCAUCUUUAGGGAGGCGGACUUGUCACAUCUGUCUCCCGUUGGGUGGCUGGUGGCUGACCUUGCCCAACGCUUCACGGUGGCGUCACCCGGGCUCCUGGGGCACUUGCUAGAAACAGUCAUGCUUCCUUUCCUUCCUCCCCUACCUCUGUGACACAUGUUUCGUAACACUUGAGACAAAUUCUAGGUUUCAUAAGCAACAUGAGAAAACAUUUCCCUAACUGGUACUAGCACAGUUUAUGAGCUUCCCAGAUGCCAGGUUAAUGCGUGGCUGAUGUGGGUUCACAGCCAGUGAGGCAACGGGUAGUUUAUUUCUACUUGGGGAAAGGCACGUGCUCACAUGGGACCAAUCAGAGGACUCUCAACCAUCCAAAGCAGCUGUUUGGGUUGGGGGGAGGGGGAGCGGGUUUGCUUUCCUCUUUGGCCCGUUUUUGAUGUUGACCACCUUACAUAUUGAAAUGUAAUCUGUUGUAAGAAUAAACUUAGCUGCAUAAAA